CGGGAAUCAGUUGUCGGGUUUUGGUCAAAUUGGGAUGAACCUAAACUUGCCCCAGGUUCAAGGUGCUGGGGCAGGAGCAUCCCAAGGGCAAGGAGCGAAUGGGGGGAUGCCACAAAAUGCUCUGCCGCCACAAGGUAACCAAGGACAAUUUCAGGGAUAGGGGCACGGUCAAGGACAUGGUAAGGGGAGAAAUGGAGGAAGAGGAAAUGACAAUGGAGGAAGAGGAUUUGGAGGAAGAGGAAAUGGUGGACAAGACUUUCGUUGAAGAAGACCAAUGGGGAGAAAGGAAUGAAGAAUGGAUGAAGGAGCUGGCUUUGGCUGAGACCUACAGACUGACUGACGAUCCAGUGACGAUUGAGGCAGGAAAGAAGCAGGUAGAUCAGCACCUGGUGACUAUAGGGAGAGUGCACUAUCUUGUCAAUUCACUCUUGCAAGUUCAGGUUAAAAAUGAAGAAGAGAUAGUAAAGGCAGACGAGAUAGUGUUGGGGGAUGAUUUCAAAUUUGAUGAGGAGUUGAAGGAAGAGGAGUUUGAACAAGGAAAAAUCUCAGAGGAUUUCCGGGAAGAAGAAUAUGAUGGAUUUCAUUUAGAAAUGAGACUUCUUCUCUCCGGGGAUAAGCGAGAGAGGGAAGUUAGUAAUAAAACUCUUCGUAUGAGAGAUCAUUAUAUAGUGAGGGGAGACCACCUCUUCAUCAGAGAUAAAAGAGGACCUCCCAGGAGGGUCAUUUGUGGUAGGAAUCGACAGAUCGACGUGAUAGCAGCACUUCAUGACGGACCUGUAGGAGAUCAUAGGAGUUUCGCCACUACAAUUAAGAAGGUGACUGAACUGUACUUUUGGGAGGGUAUGUAUGGAAUGAGCCUAAAGUACUGCGAGUCGUGCGUCCCUUGCCAGAUCAGGUCUCCAAUCAGGUGCAAGGAACCCCUACAUCCGAGAUAUAUCAAGGAUGUGGGGGCAGUGAUCCAUCUGGAUCUCCUAGCAAUGUCAUUAGGACUUGAAGACUAUAACUAUAUCUUUGAUGCCCGAGAUAAUCUCACGGGAUUUGUUGAUGGAAAGGUCAUCCAAACCAAGACAGGAGUAAUCUUGGUAGAAUGCAUCAAAGAAUAUUACCUCCGGUAUCCUUUCAUUGUGGAGUUUACAAUGGAAAGGGGGUCUGAGUUUACGUGUGGGGAAGUGAAAGAGUUGCUGGACGACCUAGGAGUUAUUGUCAAGUACACGACCAGAGCACAUCCGCAGGCGAAUGCACCUGUUGAAAGGGGACCCAACAUGAUCACUAACUUGCUGGCAAAGUGGACAACUGGAAAGUCAAACCUGUGGCCGAAAUUUCUGAGAACAGUGUUCUUUGUCGAGAACAUUACGGCUAAGAGAACCACAAGUUAUGCCCCUGCGACCUUGUGGUAUGGAAGGCAUGCUAUGUUUCCAAUAGAAAGUUUCUUAAAGACGUGGCGAAGGCAGGAUCUUGAGAACGAUAUGCCUUUGGAAGAGUUGCUUGACAUCAGGUUCAGACAGGAUAAUCUGAGGGUUUUUCUGAGGGAAUUUGAGGAGUAUGCCUUCAGAAGAGAGUGGGACACUCAGACCAUGCUUCAGCAGGUGGCGGGUCUGGGGGAAUGUAACGAGGCAACAUAUGAGAUUGCCUCAGAUUGUCUGGGGUGGUUGGAUUUCAAAGCUGAUAUGUGGGCGAAGUAUGGGGACUUUACGAGGGAUGAGAUCGGAGAUGAUAUCAUCUUCGAUAGUACCAACUUGGAGGAUUUCGAGGACAGUAUCAACCUUUGCUCAGAGAAAAGGCGGUGGGGUGAGAGGAAGAAGAUGAAACAAGUAUUGAGGAGAAUAGCGCUAAGGGAAUAUGAGGCAGUGAAGAAGGUCAGGGAGGAGUCAGACACCUGGGGGAGUUUCCUUGUCAAAAUGAGAAAGCAGGGGAAUGAUGAGGUUAGAGCUCAAGAUGGAGGUAACUCGAUAAGGGAAGAUAAAACACGAGAGGAGGAGCACAGUGAGAAGAAAGUGGAGGGCAGUGACAAGACUGGAGAGGAAAAGAAGGGAAAUGAGAAGGUGAAGGAAAGAAAAGGGAAGGAAAAGAACAAUGAGAAGGUUGAAGAAGCAGGGUCAUCCGGAACUGCUGAAGUGCCAACUUCCAAUGAGUUGAGAGCAAGGGGAGAGAGAAGGGACAUGGAGUGGACGAAAGUGAAGAAUGAGAUGGUAGGUUUGAAGGUUGAGAUGAAAAAGACGAAGAUUGAGCAGGGAAAGCUGGAAGUGAAGGUGGAAGCAAUUGGUAAGUUGGAAGCAAGGGUCAGUGAGCAAGAUAAGGCGAUUGAAGCAGAGAAAAACGAAAGGAAACAGGAAAGUGAAAAAUUAGAAAACAGAUGGAAGGAGGUGAAAGAGGUUUUGAAAAGACAAAAGAGGGAUAUUCAGGCGAAGAUUGAAGAAGGGGAUGCUAAGAAGGUUGAGGACAAAAAGGAAAAUUCAAGGAUGGAAGGAGGUGAGAAAGGACUUGAGGAUAACAGUCAAUACAGGGGGUUGAUGGUAGGGAUUGUCACCUUGCCAGAAAAGGAUGCUGGGGAAAUAUCACUAGUUGAUUACAGAGUGGGACAGGAUAGGAAGAGAUCCUACCUUGAGAUAUUGAUUGGGGCAGCAUCACAUGAUAUCCCAUCAUUUGCAAAGAGAUCAAAGGAAGAGGAGAAGAAGUUAUGUUGGUAUUGCAUGAAAGGAAUCGACAGGAGAGAUGAUUGUCCUGGGUUUAAGACAGAUAGGGCAAAAGGGUUGGUUGGCCUGGAUGAGAAUAAUAGACUCGUCGAUAGGAGAGGAAAUCUGAUUAAGAGAACCAAGGAGGCAUUCAGGGUCCAAUUGUAUGAGCAGCUGGGACUCAUCUUAGAGGACUAGAAUCAAAUAAUUUUGGAAUU